AUGGGCAACACGCUCUCGAUAUUCGGAAAGCUCUUCGAUGGGCUCUUCGGCAAGAAGGAGAUGAGAAUUCUCAUGGUCGGUCUCGACGCUGCCGGAAAGACCACUAUUCUCUACAAGCUCAAGCUCGGUGAGGUCGUCACGACCAUCCCGACCAUCGGCUUCAACGUCGAAACCGUCGAGUACAAGAACAUUCAGUUCACCGUCUGGGAUGUCGGUGGUCAGGACAAGAUCAGGCCUCUGUGGAGACAUUACUUCCAGAACACCCAGGGUAUUAUUUUCGUAGUCGACAGCAACGAUCGCGACCGUGUUGUCGAGGCCCGCGAAGAACUCCAGCGCAUGCUCAACGAGGAUGAGCUCCGCGACGCCCUCCUGCUCGUCUUCGCCAACAAGCAGGAUCUUCCUAAUGCCAUGAACGCUGCCGAGAUUACGGAUAAGCUCGGCCUUUCCAGCUUGAGGCAACGCUCUUGGUACAUCCAAGCCACUUGCGCUACCACCGGUGAUGGUCUGUUCGAAGGUCUCGACUGGCUGUCGACUGAGUUGAAGAAGAAGAGCCCUUAA